GUAAUACUAGUAGUAGUGUAGUAUUAUAUAUAUGGUUUUUUCCCUUUCCCAACCCAAUUCCAAAUACCAACUUAAAAGUUGCCAUGUCGGCAAGUGCCCUUGUUUUAACUUAACGUGUUCUGUCAAAUUCGAGAGGUUAUUUCCUUAAAAAGAUAAUUUUGGUUCCUAAAAGGUGAUGCAAUCAGAUUUUUAUGAAUUAUAAGUUGUAGUUUUACCUGACGACACGUUAGUCAUCAAGAAACCUUGAAAGUGGUUACAUGUAUCGUGGGGAAAAACCGAUUCCAGAUUUUAUAACCUAGCGAUUUUUAAAAACUCGAGCUAUCGAUUUAAAAAAAUGUCUAAACGGCAGCAGCCGCGUUGGUCACCUCCUGAGGCUACGCAGAAAUUCGUAUUAAGGGUUUACAACAGUUUAACAAGACAGAAGGAAGAAUUUGUGCCCAUAUCAGGAAAGAGAGUAACAUGGUACAGCUGCGGCCCAACAGUGUACGAUGCUUCCCACAUGGGGCAUGCAAGGUCGUACAUUACCUUUGAUAUUUUACGUAGAAUACUCUCUGACUAUUUUGGUUAUGAUGUAUUUUAUGCCAUGAACAUUACCGACAUAGAUGACAAAAUUAUUAAAAGAGCCAGGCAAAAUUAUUUGUUCGAGAAAUAUGCUUCAGAAAAACAUUCCCUACAAGAAGUUAUUACUGAUGCAAAACAGGUGUUAGAAAAUUUGUCCAAGAAAACGAAAACAACUGUAGACCCGGACAAAAAGCAAAUGUUCGACAAAUUAUUGGUGAGAUUAACGGAGGCAGUCGAGCAGUUGGAAGAUGCGGUUAAAAGUGGCGAUGCCUCUAAAAUUGAGGAAUGCCAGAAGAAAUACAUCAGGGAAUGCAAAGACCCUUUGUCCGAUUGGUUAGAUACAAAGUACGGAUGCACCGUUAAGGAUAAUGCCAUUUUCAGUACAUUGCCGCGACAUUGGGAAGAAGAAUUUCAUAAAGAUAUGGAUGCUUUGAAUGUGCUUAGGCCGAACGUGCUUACUAGAGUGAGUGAGUACAUACCAGAAAUUAUUUCGUACAUUGAAACGAUUAUUGAAAACGGGUUUGGUUAUGAAGCGAAUGGGUCAGUAUAUUUCGACGUUGCUGCGUUUGACAAAAAGGAAAAGCAUCACUACGCCAAACUGGUGCCAGAGGCGUAUGGGGACACCAACAGCUUACAAGAAGGAGAGGGAGACUUAACGACAGCGGAUCAGCAAAGCGAGAAACGAUCGCCCAACGAUUUUGCGCUAUGGAAAAACAGCAAACCCGGCGAACCGGCUUGGGAUUCUCCCUGGGGUCUCGGAAGACCCGGAUGGCACAUCGAGUGUUCCGCGAUGGCUUCCAACAUUUUCGGACCCGACCUCGACAUCCACACGGGAGGAGUAGACUUGAAAUUUCCCCACCAUGACAAUGAAAUCGCCCAAAGCGAGGCCCACUUUUGCAAUCCCGAUUGGGUAAAAUAUUUCUUACAUUCGGGACAUUUGACCAUAGCUGGCUGCAAAAUGUCCAAGUCUCUAAAAAAUUUCGUUAGCAUUCAAGACGCUUUAUCUAAAUACACUGCUAGACAAUUAAGAUUUGCUUUUCUCUUGCACUCUUGGAGGGACACCCUCGAUUAUAGUCAGAAUACAAUGGAGUGCGCGUUACAGUAUGAAAAAAUCUUUAACGAAUUCUUCUUAAACGUUAAAUGUGCUACCAACAACUUUUGCUUGGAGAAGACGACAUUCUCGACGUUUUCAAAGUGGGAGAACCAGGAAAAGUCUCUAAACACCAAAUUCUUACAAGCUAAAGAUGGUGUCCACACAGCCCUAUGCGAUAAUAUCGACACAAGGAACGCAUUAGAUGCUCUCAGGGAACUCGUUACAAGCAGCAACGUCUAUUUAAGGGAACGGAAACCCCCGAAUAAACUUCUGUUGCACGAUAUAGCCAGCUAUAUCACGAAAAUGUUAAAAAUUUUUGGUACCAUCCACAAACAGGACAUAAUCGGGUUCCCGGUUUCCAAGGAAUCGUCAAACAAUGUCGAAUGUGUGAUAACUCCUUAUUUAAGGAUAAUAGCCGACUUUAGGGACAACAUUAGGUCACAGGCUAAAACUCUGAAAGCGACUGAUAUACUCAAAGAGUGUGAUAGACUAAGGGACGACGUUUUACCUAACGUCGGCGUUAGGCUGGAGGACCGGGAAGGCGAGGCGAGUGCCGUAAAGUUGGUUGAUAGGGACAUGUUACUGAAAGAAAGGGAAGCGAAGAGGAAGGCUGAAUUGGAGAAGGCCGCCGAAAGGGAAAGGAAGAGGGCGGAGCUGGCCGCUGCCCAAGCGAAUAAAGAGGCGUUGAGGAAAAUUCCACCUACGGAAUUGUUUAAAUCGGAGGUUGAUAAAUAUUCCAAAUUUGACGAAAACGGCAUUCCGACCCAUGACAUAGAGGGAAAAGAGAUCAGUAAAGGUCAACUGAAAAAACUGCAGAAACUCUAUCAGGCCCAAGAGAAAAAGUAUAAAGAGUAUCUGGCCUCUCAGGUGCUGUGAUGAACGUGGAUGUGUUUAAAAAAAUUUAAUUUAUACUGAUAUUUAUACUUCUCAUUUUCCUAUUUAUAAGGUCUUUUUUCUGUUACCCAGUAUUCUAUUUAUUUUACCAUUAAAUCAAAUGUAGCUGAUUCUAUA